UCGCCGUCGGGAACUCGGCGACACCGCGUCAGUUCGCUCGCGUCGGUCACUCCGGUAUCGUCGCCUGCGUUCCGCGUCCACGUCACUGCGUACGCGAGUUUUUUGCGAGUCUCUCGCGAGUUUUUCGCGAACAUUUAGCGGCGACCGCGCGUACGGGUUUACGUUCUUGUCGCGAAAUAUUUUUUCCGUUCGGAUUUUCUCACGCGUCGUUCGGUCGUACGUUUUCACGUCGGUGACGGUGAUAAUCAUAUUACAACACAAUAAUAUAUGCAGUGGUGAGCCUUACCUGCACUCGUCCCGCAGGAUAAUAACACAGACGAGUGUCGGAUAUAUUAUUUUAUUUUGGGCGUUGUGUGCAAAAUCGUGUAUUAUCGCGCGAGGAGUGCAGUGCUGCGGGGACACACAUCCCGCCCCCCCCCCAACACGCGACGGGGGUUUGUGCGGCUUUCAGAGAGAAAACCAAAUUUUUCCUAGUGUUUUCUUUUGCGUCCAAGGCGUGCGUACCGCCAAAAUGAUGAUGCUGUCCUGCGUGCUGAUGGUGUUGGUGUACACGGCGGAUAAAACAGGGUGUUCGUACCAGAAUCACGGGGGCAGCGACAAGAACGGCGCCGGGGGCAGCGGGCGUGACGUCAAUGCCGUGAAACCGGACGCCAACCAAUACUCUGGGCCGCAAUUCGACCCGGAAACGCCCAGGAACGUGACGGCGCUGGAAGGAAAAUCGGCGUAUUUAACAUGCAAAGUCAAGAGUUUGGACAACAAAACGGUGUCGUGGAUAAGGCACAGAGACAUACACAUACUGACGGUGGGCGCGUACACGUACACCAGUGACCAGCGGUUCCAAGCCAUUCACCACAGGUCACACUCGGACCAAUGGACUUUGCACAUCAAAUGGGCUCAGAAGAGAGACGCAGGGAUUUACGAGUGCCAAGUGAGCACGCAACCGGUGAGAAGCAUAUUCGUCACGCUGAACGUUGUCGACGAUAAACCGCCGCCCUCGGACAGCGACGAUAGUUUACUAGACAUGAUGAUAAGAGACGGAGACUUUACAAAAGUGCCGUCUGCUUCGAUUUCCGGUGGUCCAGACAUUCAUGUGAACGAAGGGAGUACCAUUAAUCUAACGUGCAUCGUGAAGUUCAGCCCGGAGCCGCCGUCUUACAUCUUCUGGUACCAUUAUGAUGAGGUGAUCAGCUACGAUUCGGUUCGCGGUGGUGUUAGCGUGGUCACAGAAAAGGGAGACGUGACGGUCAGUUACCUGCUCAUACAGGAUGCAGUGCAAGCGGAUUCUGGCAAGUACACGUGCAACCCGUCGAACGCAGACUUGUCCAGCGUGGUCGUACACGUACUAAACGGCGAGAGUCCUGCGGCAAUGCAGACUGGUUCGGCCGGCUUAUCCAACAGUUCCAUCACGAUACUGUGCGUGAUGAUCCUGAGCUGGACGUUCACCAGGACCGACGAUCAGCUGAGAUAAUAAACGCGCGCCCGCCGCCCGUUUUCGCUCCUCUCCAACUACCAUUAUACUUUGAUAAUAUAUAUUAUAUUAUUAUAUAAAAUUAACAUUUAAUUACACGCCGUAAUGAUAAGAAACUUAAAAAAAAAUAAUAAAACGGGAAACAACGCGAGAGCGAGAAAAAAAUAAGGCCGGAAGUGAUGUGUAUAAUUCUCUUGUCUUGAGUUACCAAAAGUAUACCACGGUAUACUACGUGAUAUUGAAUCGCAUAAGUACCUCAUAACAUCGGGUUCAUUCCGUUUUGAUAUUAUUCUAAUAAUAUUCGAUAUUAUGACUUCUGCAACCGACCGUCGUGUGUUGGAAUAGCCGUGCUCGUGUUAUUUCCUUUCUUUUUUUUGUUUCUAGAAACGAAAGUGUAAAUAUUAUUACUAUAAUUAUUAUUACAUAUACGUUGUACAGGAUUUUUCUAUACCCACACUCCGCCAUCGUCAAUUGUACGUUCGGUAUGUGGAUAUAAUAAUAACAAUUAUUAUUAUUAUUAUUAUUAUUAUUAUUAUUAUUAUUAUUAUACAAUAUAGAUGUCGGUUACACAUGCGGCAAGCUGGGGUUUGUUUCCCGCAAAAACGUCGUUGUUGUCAAACCUAACAGUGGAAAAUUCAUGUUUUUGUUUUGUUUAUUUUUUACGAAUUGUUGCUCUGUACAUAAUAUAUAUAUACAUAAUAUAACCAUCCCCAAGUUCUCUUACGAUAAUAUGCACGCCCCCGUCUUUGUCGCGUACUCGUUUUGUUAUCACGUCCCCGUAAAUAGUAAUUAUAUAAUGUCCGGUCGUUUGUUGUACAUAAAAAAAACAAAUUGUUUUAUUUUUCGUACACGUCGUAUUGUUGGAUAAACCCACCCUGGUGGAAACACCAUCUCAUACACACACACUACGAAAACGAACGAAAAUCGAAAAGAGAUAAUCUCACCCGCUUCAGUGUACCCAUACAGGUAUGUGCUGCACAUAGUGUAAUGAUGUUAUAAAUAAUUGUGUGCGAUCGUCAACCACUGCAAAUAAAGGGUGUUUUUUGGGUGAGGGUGGUUGACGGGGCAGACUUCCGUGUUCGUGUUUGAAAUGCUAUACGAUAUCAUGGGUACCGAGUAUAGAUUUCUAUACGUCCUCGUCGCAUAUUCCCGCGAAGUCUAUAACCGAUCCAGGGCACAGUUAUCCGGAAUCUGUGAGGUUCCCCGUAAAUGACAAUUUUUUACGUUCUCCAUACCACAAUGGGUAAUCACGCCCUCUUCAGUGUACCUAUGUACUAUUGUGCUGCACAGUUUGCAAUAUUGUUUUAAAUAAUUGGGCGCAAUCGUCAACCACAGCAAAUAACUGGAACAUUUCGGGGGGAUUGGGUGGUCACUGGUCAGACUUCCGUGUUCGUGUUCAAAACGCUAAACGACAUUAGGUACCGAGUAUAGAUUUCUCUACGUCCCGGUCGCGUAUUCCCAAGAAGUUUAUAACCGAUCUAGAGCACAGUCGCCCGGAAUCUGCGAUGUUCCGUAACUGCCAAUUCUUACGUUAUAUCAUUUAAUCAUAAUUGAAACCAUAUGAAUCGUUUUGAAUAACCCUGGGACACUUGAUCCAACCAUAUUUAAAAUGUUAAGAGCACGUCAUAUAUACAACAGUUGUAGGCGGAAGAAACCUCGAACAAAAGAAGGCGAUGGGGAGAAAUAGAGAAAGAGAGAGACAUUAAGAGAAAAGAAUCACGAUAUUAUUAUAAUCAUAAUAUGAUAAUCUCGUAAUUUCGUGUACGAUAUGACUCGUCUGCACGAAUAUUACAUUGACUAUCACUGUAUCGGUAUAUUAUUAUAGAACAUCGCCGACGGUGUAAAUUGUACGUCCCGUCGAAUUUUCCAGUAUUUUUUCCCUUUCAAUUUAUUUUCAACUCGUUUUCCGCGAUGCGUACGCCUACAGCAAAUUACACACCGGACAAUGGUGAUGUUAUUAUAAUAAUAAUAAUAACUAUUAUUAUUAUCGACGCUUGUUUGCGCGCGUACAGAUUACGUUACGCUUGGAAAAUGUUAUACAAUGUAUAAUGACGUAUACACGUGAACGCUGUGCAGAACACGGUCGGAGGAGAUGGUAAAAAAUUAACCAUUCGUGACGGUUCGAAACCGAUAAAUUAAUGAUAUUGCGUAAUACAUAUAUUGAUAUUAUAAUACUAUACGCUCGCCGUUGCGGAUGGGAUUCGAAACGUGUGUAACGAAUAUAUUAUUAUUAUUAUUAUUAUUACUAUUAUUAUUUAUAAUAAUAAUGUCUAUACUUCAUACCAUCAUACUUUACGAUAUGCAUACGAAAUAAUAGUAAUAAUUAUAAUAAUAAUAUUAUCGUAAUACGUUUUCGGUUUGUUGUCAACAACGAUAUUGAUAUGACGAUGAAAACCGACAUCGAUUUCGUGGUACACGAUAGCUAUGAAAACAAACGAAAGAGUUUAUUUACUACAGCGGCACACCCGUUUUUUAGACGUAGAGGCCGAGCCCAAUGCGUACCACCAUCGUCUAAAUUUUGGUAAAAAAAAAAAAUCGUCUUGGAACAGGCACGUUUAAUCGACGUCAUUAUUCUAUAUAGGUACAAAAUAUUAUAAUAUUAUAAUGUAUUACAUGUAUAUUGUGAACAGCUGGAAUUUAUAGGACUUGUUUCCCCUCAAAUCGCGUUUACGUGUUUAUUAAACAUUAUGCAUAGUUAGAUCGAUUCGCUUUUAUCUCUAAUCAUUUUUAUUUUAAAAUGUCUAAAAACUUGUUUCGAGGCACGAUUUUUACACAAUGUUUAAUAUUAUAAUAAUAAUAUGAUGGUGUUUGCAUAGGUAUACCUUUUACAGUAUUAUUUAUAACUCAUAUUAUACCUUGAUUUAAAACCCUGAAGCUCUGCGCUUUUGUGAUUUUAAAUAUUUAUGAAUUCGAAUUUGUAACUUCAUUUUUUUUUCCUAUCGAUUAUUACAAUUCUUGACUAUAUAAAAGUACUUUUUUCGAAACUUGAUUAAUAUAUUCUAGCUUAUAUAUCAGAUAAAUAGAUAAUUCUAAAAUUAUAUUCUUUCACAAAAAAUAUUUCAAAGGGAAAACUCCCAAGUAUAGCUUUUUAUUAAUGAAUACAUUUUAAUUUAUUACAUUUGUAUGCCAAAAUCGCUCUUUUAAUUCUGACUUUAACGUCAACGAUUAAACAUUAAAACAAACCAUUUCAAUAUUAAUAAUACUUUAUGAGUUUUUUAAAAAAAAUACACCCCCUGAAAGUAUAAUUUAUAUGAUGUAUCAUAUUUAUUUUUGUUUUACUUUAUGAGAAUCUGUAUAUACCAGCAGUAAACACCACGGUGAUAAUAACGCUUCAGAAAAUUUAAUGCACAAAAUUACACUAAAAAAAAAAUCUACACACCGGAAAAUUGAAUAAGUUAAAUCAACCAUAACGCUGCGUAGAUAAAUAAUUUUAUAAUCGAUUAAAACCCCAUUAGAUGUUAUGACCUUUAUAAAAAUGUCCAUUUACGCCAUAUAUAUUACACCAUAAUAGCAAUAUACAAUGUAAAGUACAUACAUGGAAUAAUUUUUUUUUUUACAAUUAAUAUGCGACUCCAUCUCGUUAUGGUUAGGUACCUAUAGUACAUAUUAUUAUACGGAGGUGAUUUACAAAACGACUCGCCAUCGUCGUCACGGUUAUUAUUAUAAAGAUCCGAACAGUUUAUCGAAGCAACAACUCCAUCGAUGAUUAAACAUAUGUAAAUUCCAUAUAUUUUGUUCUCUCAUUCGAUUCGAGAUAAAUGGAUUUUUAGCAGCCCAUGCAACUAUGAAGGGUUUCAUCAUAAAUUGUAAUAAUUCCGGAAACAACUAAAUGCAACAAAAGUGUAUACACCAUUAGGCGUUAUGACUUUUAUAAAAAAAAUGUCCUUGUGCGCCAUAAUAGCAUUAUUCAAUAAUGACUACAUUAUUAAUAAUAUCAUUAAUAUUUACAUUAAUAAUUAUUGUUAUUUAUUAUCAAUUAUUAUAAGAUACAUACGUAUUAAGUACCUAAUAUUGUAUAGACAUUUUUUUUUUUUACAAUAUUAAUAUACGACUCCAUCCCAUCAUCAUUACCUUUAUAAUACAAUUGGACUUGGUGAGCUCGAAGUUGAAGGGACCGUCCAAAAUGUUUGAGUUACCCAAGAAUAAUACAAUAAUAGGAAAAAGUUCGAAGAUUUCGAGUUAAAAAAGUUUAAUUUAACAGAUAAUAACUGUACACGCCGUCAUCGUAAUAAAGUUUACCCACGCGAUAAUCGCGCCGAUGAUUAAACAUUGGUAAAUAUAAAAUAUUAAUUUUGUUCUCUCAUAUGACCAAUAAAUCGAUGUUCGACAUAAAUCGUAAUACGUAUUUAAACAACUAAAUGUGACGAAAUAGUAUACACCAUAAUAAUUAAUAAUAUUACUGUGAUGAUAAUAAUGCACGCAUACUCUUAUUCAUACUACCAUCUGUUUUGGAAACAAAUCAUACUUAAAUUUUCAUCUGUGAUCCAUCAAAUGCGUUCGUUUUCUCGGUAUGCAGUGAUUUUGAAAGUAAAUCAUAAUUUUUUUAUAUGGAUUUAAUAUAUUAAUUACUCUUUGCAUAGUAGGCACCUACCUCAUUUUUUACUUGUUCUUGCCGUGGAUAAUUUUUCAUCAACAAUAUUAAUUUUAGAUUCUAUUAUAAUUUAUAAUUUCAUAUUCAGAACAUGGUUUCAUGAAACCGCUGGCUAGACAGGCAUUUUGGGAUCUACUGAAAUCAAAACGUGCAUGUUACCAAAAUAUAAAAAUAAAUUAAUAAUGACCCAUGAACAUUUUUAUGAAAAAUUUGAUUUUUUUCACAGAAACAGUUCCUGCACGAUUCGUUGUAGAUUUGUUAGCUGGUACAAAUUAUGAGUGAAAAAUAUCACUGGUCACAUUUCCGAUAUGAGAUUAAUUUGGAAAAGUCGCUCGAGAGACGAUUAUAUACGACAAGACACCCUAGAUAUACGGUGAAACCUUGAAGGGCCAAAACAAAGAGAUAAAAUAUAUUUAUCAUGCGAUUAAUAAACGCUCUGAAAAGGAGAACGUCUCUUUGAGCUGCCGAUUUUUUUAUCAAUAUUUAUUAAGCAGUUACCUAACGGAUGGGUAUGAAAAAAAAUAAGUGCUCUAUGUUUUCACUGACGAAUAUAUUAUACGUUAUUAUCCUAUUUUAUAUUGUUUUGAAGAUUCGUUCAUCUUGAAAAAAUUGCCAGUUGUCGCGGCAGACGAAUACGAUAUUAAUGUUUCGGUCAUUGUCGGUUAAUCUUUGAAAAAAAUUCGUGGUCGGCAAACGAACGAUGACGGAUGAAGGACGAUGAGGCGUACUACAGCAGUGUCGUACGAUUAAAUAUAACGUUAUGUGGCGGCUUGUCCGAAACGCGUUUAGUCGUAUAAUACGUCUUAAAGAAACUGUCAUACUAUUACUACACUUUGUACGACGGAUUUUCUUUUUUCCUCAAUUCUAGACGCGCUUUUACAGCAGCACUCUUCUUCUAUCGGUUUCGCCGCACUUGCCGCGACAAACCCGUUUCCGUAUUUAUUCCAGUCGACCGCGUCGUGAACCGUCGCAUCUCGUCUCCGAGACGAACCGACAGAGAGGAGAUAACAUCGAUCCACCUACGCUUACGAGCUCGCAAUGAAUUUCCCGAACCUCACGACGACGUAAUAAUAUUUAUUUAGCCGGAAAAUUAUAUUUUUGAAAUAUUUAUACAUAAAAUCAAUGACUUAAUGUUAUGUGUAAAUUGCCCAUCUCUUACUAAUAAAACAAACAACUUAGUGUGCUAUAAAUUAAUUAAUUUCAGUUUCUAUAGGCAAACCAAAUAAUUGUAUACGUUUUAAUAACCACGUGGAUACCUAUGUAUUAAGGUUUAAUAAUUUACCUAACCAUUCAAACACAAUAAUUAAAUUAAUUAAUUA